UAACAACAUCGCUCUAUUAAGGUUAAGAGUAAAACAUGGCGUCUAAUAAAGGAUAUCCGCGCUGCGAUGUGAAGGUGUCUGAGGAGGAGCGGGACUUCUACGAGAUGAAGAAUAGAGCUUGCGAGUUUUAUACCCGUAACAAAGUUCCCCAGCAGAUAGAGAACGUGUUGAACGAAAUGUUCUUCGCCAAACCCGACGACAUUUACGGCUACCUGGCCAAUUUCUUUAUGAAACUGUCAGCCCCGCCGAGAAUAAGCGGGCUGAAUGGCAGGGAGGUCUACGAUUCUCAAGGACAGCUUGCCGUCCAAGCAGAGGUGAUGUGCACCAUCCGGAACGAACAAAAGCUGACGUCGUGUGCUGGCGUCCCGGCUGGCAACGAUCAGUGGAGAAUGCAGGGCCCCGACUUGGGGAAGGGGAGGGCCCACCACAUCACCACUGGCCUUGAGUGGAUCAAAGGGCCCCUGAGCGAGUUGCUCAAGGGCUGCGACCCCUGCGAUCAGACGGGGGUUGAUAACAUACUCAGUGACUUCUUCUCAGCACGUCACCAGGAGGACAAGGAGACCAGGAGGUCGCAGGAGGAGAAAAACAAGGAGGCGGAGGAAGAGGCUCUUCCACCACCACCACCUCCACCUGUCUCCAGCAAAGGCAAGAAGGCUGGGGAGACAGCUACAAAGGGCGCCAGUGCAGAGAAGCUCAUCCCUCCGUGCGUGCCACCAGAGCCGGAGGUCCCUGGCAGCCUGGCCGUGGGUGCCGUGUCCCUGGCCGUGGCUAAAAGUGGGGCACUGAUACGGGACGUCCCUCUCUACAAACACAUCCUCGCCCUGAGAAGUCAGAGUGAGUUCCGGGUACCAGUGCCCUUGGUGACGUUGCUGAGCUGCGGUAAAUCCUCUCCAGGCAAACUGAACUUGUUGGAGGAAGUCAUCCUCAUCCCCAGACCAGGACAACGCGUCGCACAAGUGAUUUCCAUGGCCCUCCAGAUCCACGAAGAGUUGAUGAGAAUAAUGAAUAGCAGUACGUCAAAAGCCGGGGUGAGGGCGGGCCCAAUGAGCGAGGCGGGCGCGCCGGUCCUGGUGUGCGAGCGGCCAGAGCAGGCACUGGAUCUCGUGGUGGAGGCGUGCGGCAACCUUGGGCUGACACCGGGCGAAGAUAUCCGUCUGGGGUUGAACUGCGCGGCUGAUCGGCUCAUGGACUACUCCAAGGGGAAGUAUGAGGUGAUCGCGGGGAGCCUCAAGUCUCCAGAUGAGCUGGUGGAUAUGUACCAGGCUCUGCUCCUAAAGUACCCAGCCGUGGCGGCCCUCAUCCAGCCCCUCAGGAAGGAGGACGUCGACCAAUGGGAGAGGCUGAGCUCUGUUAUUGGAGCGUCCUGCUCCCUGCUCUGUGACAUGAGUGGUUUGUCAGCAUCUCGAGCCCCGCCCCCUGCCCUCCCAGGGGUGAAAGGUCAAGUUCUGCAGCAGGUGAAUGGGACCAAAGUGAGCGACCUCAUUCGAAUCAUGAUGGAAAACCCUGAUGCAGUGAUCCUGUCGAGCUCACACAGCGAGCCGUGCGGCGAGGACUGUCUCUCAGACCUAGCGGUGGGGCUGGGCGUGGCCUACGUCAGGCUGGGAGGUCUGCAGGGUGGACACAGGCUCGCUAAAUACAACCGGCUGAUUGCCAUAGAAGAAGAGCUGGCGCAGCAGGGAACCCUGGUGUCCCGGACCACGCUGCCAGCUCCCCUGUGUGUGGGAGUUAACAUAGAAGACGCAGGCAUCAGUGAGGAGGUUUAAGAAGGACGAGUCUUCUCCUUUUACGUGUUUGCACAAAAGACAUUUCACCAGAUUCUUAUUAAAAUGCACCAUUUCUCAAUACAUGUUAUUAUUUGUUUUGUGCAAGGAAAGUACCGUAGUUAUGCAGUUAAGUGCAAG